AUGGGUCAAGAGCUGUGUGCAAAGACUCUCCAGCCUGGAUGCAGCUGCCAUCGCUGUUGGGAGGGAGGCGAUGCGCACAGCUGUCAGAGGAGUGCGCCUGUGACGAUGGAGGCUGCGAUCGAGCUAACAGACCUAAAAGAAGCAUCUUGUUCCAUGACUUCAUUUCACCCCAGGGGACUUCAGGCUGUCAGUGCCCGGAAGUUCAAGAGUAAAAGGCCACGAAGUAACAGUGAUUCUUUUCAGGAAGAAGAUCUGAGGCAGGGCUUACAGUGGAGGAAGAGCCUCCCUUUUGGGGCAGCCUCGUCAUACUUGAACUUGGAAAAGCUGGGUGAAGGCUCUUAUGCUACAGUUUACAAAGGGAUUAGCAGAAUAAACAGGCAACUGGUGGCUUUAAAAGUCAUCAGUAUGAAUGAAGAGGAGGGAGUCCCAUUUACUGCUAUCCGGGAAGCCUCUCUUUUGAAGGGUUUGAAACAUGCCAAUAUUGUGCUCCUGCAUGACAUAAUCCACACCAAAGAGACACUGACAUUCGUUUUUGAAUACAUGCACACGGACCUGGCCCAGUACAUGUCUCAGCACCCAGGAGGGCUUCAUCCUCACAAUGUCCGGCUUUUCAUGUUUCAACUUUUGCGGGGCCUGGCGUACAUCCACCACCAACACGUUCUUCACAGGGACCUGAAACCUCAGAACUUACUCAUCAGUCACCUGGGAGAGCUCAAACUGGCUGAUUUUGGUCUUGCUCGGGCCAAGUCCAUUCCCAGUCAGACAUACUCUUCAGAAGUUGUGACCCUCUGGUACCGCCCUCCUGAUGCUUUGCUGGGAGCUACUGAAUACUCCUCUGAGCUGGACAUAUGGGGUGCAGGCUGCAUCUUUAUUGAAAUGUUCCAGGGUCAACCUUUGUUUCCUGGGGUUUCCAAUGUCUUUGAACAGCUGGAAAAGAUCUGGGAGGUAUUGGGAGUCCCUACAGAGGAUACCUGGCCUGGAGUUUCCAAACUACCUAACUACAACCCAGAAUGGUUCCCGCUGUCUAAACCUCAAAGCCUUCAGCGAGUCUGGAAUAGGUUGGGUAGAAUCCCUGAAGCUGAAGCCCUGGCCUCACUGAUGCUGAAAGGCUUUCCCAGAGACCGCGUCUCCGCCCGGGAAGCUCUGGCUCAUGAUUAUUUCAGCUCCCUGCCAUCUCAGUUGCACCAGCUUCCUGAUGAGGAGUCUUUGUUUACAGUUUCAGGAGUGAGACUAAAGCCAGAAAUGUACCACCUUUUGGCUUCCUACCGGAAAGGUCACCACCCAGCCCAGUUUAGCAAAUGCUGGUGAAAAGAAAGGGUGACAUCACCAUCUCCUUCCAGGGCAACCUUACUGCUGUUUCCAUUGUAAUUUGCUCCAGCUUAGUGAGAAGCUUCCAAGUUAACUACACACUGGA